CAACCGUUUCUCGCGUUGCGGUAGCCUGAUGGAGGAACAAAUCGGGCGUCGCGGCACUGUGCUUAUGUCAAUGACGGUCCGUCCAAUUGGUAGCGGCAGGGCGGGCGUCUGGCAGCCUGGCGCGGCAUCACGUCGGGAAUAGGGAUCAUCUCCUCAACCCAUCAACGAGGCUCGGCGGGGCCUCCUGCGUGGUUCGGAGGAACCCACGGUGGGCGAAGGGUAUCCUACUAUCCUCCCUCAGUACUGUACUGUACAGUACUACACUUCGGCUGCCGUUGACUAACCUUACAGCCUCCCUCACUCCUUCCUGUGCAUAGUCCAAAGUUGACGUCUACUCAUCCCCUUCGACAUCCAAAGUCAACGCCCCCCCCCAGUUUGGCCCAGGAUGCACUGCGUAUGCCGAGCCUCGGCGCGGGCGGGAGCAAGGAGCAAGGGGAGUUGUUUGAGAACCAAGGAUUCACCCCUGGGAAGGCGCUCUUUCAAUUCUUUUCUCAACGUGACAUGGAUGAAUGCGACUACUCUGGUGCAAGGAAGCUGAAGGAGUUUCACCAAUUUGGCGAGACCUACAGGGUCCCUGUUGAAGCAUACUCACCAGGCUACUAGGCCAUCCCAUGCCAGUGCCACCUAGGGUG